AAAAAAACAGACAGCAGCUCAUGAAAAUAAGGAAGUAAAUGCUGUCGGAUCGAAGCUGGAGCCUGUUUUCUGCUGUAAAGUGAAAGUAGAUCCGUCGACAGCUCAGUGACGUUAAUAUAAUUCAAGGCACAACCGCUGUGCUAAGGGAGUUAGCUGUCCAGCUAAUUGCUUCACUGCCUCCAAAUUAACGUUAUUCCAAAACAUACCUUAGACAGGAAAUCAGAAGGCGAGAGAGACACAUACGAGACGUACAUCUCUUAUCUCCAAAAUUAUUAUCAGCCACCAUGGACCACAAAGGGGAUCCCCAGGAAGGAGCUAUGGGGCAGAAACACGAGGAGCUGCCGCAGAUGGAUGGCUUAUGUGAUGCGUGCGAGCCUGACGAGGCCCAACUGGCCACACAAGUAUGCCACACCUGCAGCUUUGCCUUCUGUUCUCUCCAUGCUGACAAACAUGCCAGUAGCACACAUCACCCCAUCAUGCCUUACAACCCUGAGGGGACAGACGCUAAUGGACUUGGCACCAACAGAUGCUCCAGAGUCGGAGAUGGAGCUGAGGAUGUGGCUGGUGCUGAGAGGGCAGCUAGAAUGGGUGUGAAUCAGGAGAUGGCGCCACUCGGAGUGGCAAUGGCCAAUGGCGAUGAGCGUGGUGACGCUGGGGAAAGAGAAGGAGCCAAGAAUGGUCUACAGUUGGCGGCUGAGCUGGGUGACAGGGCUGAGGGUGCAGAAGCGGGGCAAGAAGUUGUGGCUGCCAGAGAGGCGGGGAAGAGGGACACUGUGACAGUAGAGAGACUGCGCUGCAUGGAGCAUGGACAGGAAGGAUCACUCUACUGUAAACCAGAUGAGAAGAUCAUCUGUGUGGUGUGUGCCGUGCAGGGUGAGCACCGUGAGCAUGAGAUCAUCACCCUGCAUGAGGCCUACGUGUGGCAGAAGAGCAGGCGAGGUUACGACCUGCUGGGCUGUACGCAACAGAUGGGUGAGAAGAUCAAGACCAAGUGGACCAACCCCGAGAUGUCAACAGAGGAGCUGGAGGCGUACGUGAACAGUCAGUUUGACGAGCUCCGCAAACUGGUGCGUCUGGAGGAGAAGAGGACCCUUCAUCUGGUCGACCUCAAAGAGGCGUUCCUGACAGCAUCCGCUGCUGAGAAAAUCGCCGAGAUCUCCGUGGAAACCGAGCGUCUGCAGGAAGAGAUGGCCAACAUCACACACCAGCUGUGCCUGCUGGAGCGGGCUGAGGGGUUGGGUCCGGUUGUGGCAGCACAGGCACUCGCAGCAGCACCAGCCCACAGGGUGCAGCGUGACAUUGAGGCCAGGCCAAGGCUGCCAGAGCCGAGGGCAGAGCCCAUGGACCAACGGGACUUUGACGACAAUAACUCUGGACCAUCCAUGGACCACGCCCCCUAAAACCAGCAGACCAGACCCUGCUACAACCACCUGUCCUUUAAUGUCUGCUUCAGCCAGUCGGCAGCUCUGUUGAGCUGUCAGGCUGGCCCUCUCUCUCUCUCUCUCUCUCUCUCUCUCUCUCUCUCUCUCUCUCCUCUCUCUCUCUCUCUCUCUCUCUCUCUCUCUCUCCUUCUCUCUCUCUCUCUGUCAGCCCUCUCUUUUACCCUCCUCCCCCCCCCCCCCCCCCCCCCUUCCCAGAGCCUGCUGGCAGGGAGCUGACCUUGAAGAGGGCUGCUCUGACAAAUAUGGAUGGCCACGUCUGUUCUGCUCUCAAACUUUUUGAAUUCUUCACUAGCUGCUAACUUUCUUUAAUUGAAGCACACGUUAUGUGCAAUCAAUUACCAAUCAGGCUCAGUUUCCACAGCCAGUCAGAUCCUUGGCUUUACGGGCGAGCCUGGCUGACUCAGAGAGGAGCCUGGGUAGGCAGCUGAGCGCGGAGCAUCUGUUAAGCCCAACAGAUGUCAGAAAUGAGAAAUUCUUUGACGCGGUGUGCUUCACACUUCAUUUAUGUACAAUAUCAUUUAGUUUCUGUCAUUUUGACAAACAUUCUGGACACUACCAGACAGAGAAAGGGAACCUUUUUCCAGAUGCCACAAAUGCCUUACGUCUUCAAGAGAAUAUAUGAUGUUAUAUUUUGAUUGUA